AUGUGGAGUGGCUUUAAAGCAGGCUGCAGGCCAUUUGUAGGGCUAGAUGGUUGUUUUUUAAAAGGGCCAUAUAGAGGACAGUUGUUAAGUGCUGUUGGUAGGGACCCAAAUGAUAGUUAUUACCCAAUUGCUUUUGCAGUGGUGGAUGUUGAGUCAAAAGUCACUUGGCAGUGGUUUAUUAAUGAGUUGAUGGCAAUCAUUGGUCCCCCUUAUCAAUUAACUUUUAUCUCUGACAGACAAAAAGGAUCGGUUGAUGUGUUAGAUAGGUUGUGUGAGAAUACUGACCAUAGGUUUUGUGUUAGACAUAUGUAUGAAAAUUUUAGGAAGAAAUUUCUAUGUCUUAGAUUGAAAACUGAAUUCUUGAAUGCUUCUAAUGGAUUUACACUUGAGGUAUUCAAGAAUCACAUGACAAACAUUAAGAAGAUGAACAAUGAUGCUUUUGAGUGGCUGAACAGAAUCCCUCACCAUUUAUGGUCCAAGUGUGGCUUUAUAGUGGACUCAAAGUGUAAUUUAAAUAGCAAUAACAUGUGUGAGUUUUGGAAUAGGCAAAUUCUAGAGGCCAUGAGCAAACCAUUGAUUUACAUGUUUGAAAUGAUAAGGAGGUGCUUAUUAAAAAGGUGUAAUAAUAAGAGAGAAUACAUGGAAGACCAACAUGGUCUUUUACGUCCAAAGGUGCAGGAUGAAGUGGAUAAACUGAGGCUGAAAUCUAGAAAAUGUCGUGUACAGCCUGCAGGACCACAAUUAUAUGAGGUUGACAGUAAUGGAGAGAAUGAUGCAGUUGAUAUGGCAAAUAUAAAAUGCAGUUAUAGGGUUUGGGAGGUCACUGGUAUACCUUGUAUACAUGCAACAGCUGUUAUCAAUUCUAGGAGAGGCAAUAUUGAAGACUAUGUGAGUCAUUACUACCACAUGGAGACACACCUUAACAUAUAUGCACACAUUGUGAAGUCACUUUGUUUGAGAAAAAUUCUGAACAUUGAAAGAUAUCUUCAAAUACUCCCACCAUUGAGAGAAAAACCAAAAAUGGGAAGGCCAAUAAAGCAAAGAAUAAAAAGUGCUGAAGAACUGAGAGAUAUCAAAGCUAAAAAGGUUGGUUUUGGGAAAUGGAACUUUCAAGUGAGGUGUGGAAAGUGUAAGAUGGAAGGGCACAAUGUCGGAAGCUGCAAGAAUGAUGCAGCACUUCCUAAACCACCAAGAGGCAAAGGUGGAAGGCCUUCUUUGAAAAGAACUGGGAUGUUUGUGGGAGAAAGUAGCAGUGGGGGAUGA